AUGGUCUCGGACGAACACUACGAACUAUGCUUGCCCAUACUGCAGGAUCCUACACUCGAGGAUGAGGAUAAGACCGACAGACUCGAGGAGCUCCUAAAGAAGGAGACGAACCUUACGGGUUCGUCUCUGGACAAUGUCGUACUCGAUGCCCUAUGGCGAUAUCGCGAAGCGGGAGGUGCCUCGACUUCGCCUACUCCCAUCAGACAGUCAAUCCUCCGCCGGCCGUCCCCCGCUUCGUGGCGCGGAUCUCCGACUCCAAUGUCCGGAUCACCGCGUCUCGGUGUGAGUCCACUUGCCCCUCCAGGAUUUGUGCCUUCGACAUUCGGCCGGGCCAAAUCGUUGACUGCAUCACCGUUUUCAUCUCCACGAGCGUCUCCCCGUCUGGCUCUUGCCACACCCGUCAUCCCUCAUAGCCCGAACCUCAACGCCUAUGAAUUCGCAAGCGACUCCACACCUGCCACGGAAAUUCUGGGCGACUACCAAGCCGAGAACGUGGAGUGGCUGGUAAGCGACGAUGCAGCUAGUGUCUCCUCGUCGGUCGGAACCCCGAGUGGCCUCAACGCCGCUGCGCCAGAGUUCUCUUCCAUGUCUUCGCAGCAGACCGACAUGUCUCCCUAUGACAUGCUUCGGUCUAUACUCGGACAGGCCCGUACAGAUGAAGAGAUCGAGUCCGCCUUGGCCAUGCAUGGCUACGACCUCAGUGCCACCAUUGCUGCUAUAAUGGAGGCUCAGGGUCAGGAAGGCGGCUUGGCGCCCGUGCCCGUGGAGGAGCCCAAGGGCGUCUUAAUUGGCAAGUCCAUCUACUCGGAUGGCCGUCCCUCAACACCCUCAGGCCCUCCGAAGUCCGGUGUCAUCUGUAAAUUCUUCAUGUCCACGGGUCAGUGUCUCCGCGCAGAUUGCCGCUUCAGCCACGAGCUCAGCAGCCAUUUAUGCAAAUAUUGGGUGACGGGGAAUUGUCUUGCCGGCGACACUUGCAUCUUUUCCCAUGACCCUUCAAAACUGCUCAGCAAGCUGUCACUCGAGGAAGCUGGCGCGAACAAGGGCCAGGGUAACCCCCAGCUACAUGACCCGAACUCGUUCCCAGCCCUCCAGCAAGACAGCCCGUCUCUACGGCCAGCUACCUUGGCGCUUGCAGGCUUCAACCCCCCGCCUGGCCCACGAAGCUUUCUCGGCACGGAGAGCCCGCGAUUGAGAUCCAGGCCCGGAAGCCGGCAGCAGGCCAAGGACAUCACCGUGGCUGCUCCAGCCAUAGACGACAACGAGGCUUUUCCAUCCCUUGGAUCUGCGUCCGUCCGGCAAGGAAAGAAACAUCACGGAAAGCGAGGUGGCCACGGCCACAACCACAAGGAGAACCUCGCUCCGAGCUCGCUCGCGGAUAUUGUCAAGCGGUCACCAUCGCCCACUCCGGGGCCAUCCCGCCCUGAAUCCAGGAGGUCUGGGACGAAUGGAGCUGCAGCCUCGGGCCGGACCGGUGAAAAUAGCCCAGCCGCGCAGGCCAUUCCGAGCCCAAAGCACAUUCCUUGGCUAGAGACGGGUGAACGAGCCAACAAGGCUUAUCUGAAGGCUCGCCAAGAAGCUAUCAAGCAUGGGGGCCUUCGAAAUAAGUUUCUCCAGAGCGCGGCGCAAGCAUGGAACCGCAAUGAUGCGAGAGCCGCUAAGGCCUUGAGCCUUCGAGGGCAGAGCGAGAACGAUCUGAUGCGCAAGGCACAUCGGGAGGCGGCGCGCGAGCUUUACGAACAUCGAAACAAGGGCGGCCUUGGCAACUCUUUGGAGAUCUACGUCGACUUGCAUGGCCUCCACCCUGAGGAAGCGGUCGAGUACCUCGAGAAGGUUCUGAUGGAAAACAGCAAAGAAUCGAAGCCCGUCUACGCCAUCACGGGCACAGGCCACCAUAGUAAGAACGGCAAGGACAAGGUGGGCAGGGCUAUCCGCAAUUUUCUCAACGAAUGGCGGUAUGCGUACCGCGAGUUCUCCGUACCGGGGGACCGCAACAGCAUGGGUGGCAUCCUCGGUAUCGACAGCCGUAGCUGGGAUAAGUCGCUCACGCGAGACGGGGGAGGUGGCGCUGCGCUCACCGAGGACAAGGAGGAGGUUGAUAUUCUGAGUCAGGGCGUGGAGAUCGGAGACGGCAAGGUCAGGCUGCUUGUGCGGGAUCCUCCCAAGGGCCCAAGCGGCAAGCGGUGA